UUGUGUGAGUGCGUGCGUGCGUGUGUGAGGGUCGGGUAUAGCCCUGAAGAUCAUUCGGGUCUUCUCUUGUGACUCUACCGAGAGCGCGUUGAUGGUAUAGGGGGGUGGAGGGUUUUGUUAGUGACAAAUACGCGCUUGGGAUUCGUGAAACGUGGCAGAAAUGACUUUCGGGGAAAGGAUUUCUCGUCGACCGAUGAUUGUGCAGUGAAUCUUGCACGAGAGCAAGCGUCGGAUACCAAUAUUGAUUCGGGAAAUGACAACAAUGACAAUGGUGCAUCGGACAUCUUCAUCGAUGUAACAAAAUGGAAUUGGCAACACCUUGUUGAAGUGAAACUCCACCGCUGAAUUGGAAUUUGAGGAGGUGAAGGGCCGUCAGGGUGGUGACCGUGCAGCGUGGAGAUGGAGCGAAACGACUCUGCGGCGUAGCCCUCGCUUGUCCCCCACCCCUCCCCAGCAAACCAUCGGCAACGCACAAAGUCGCGCAAAUGGAGGUCGACACCGUGCAGCAAUCGAUGGAGCGUGCAAGGCGCUCUCGGCAACGCCCUUCCAAGUACCACCAGCCCAAGAACGUGUCCGAGGAGGAGGAGGACGAUGACGACCUGAAGCUGUGCUUAGCGUCGGACUACUACGGCGAAGAGCGUGACGGCGAACUCUUGACCCUCAACGGGGACCCAGUGGAGAGCGAUACGAACACUGCGUACAUGUCGGACGUCGACGGCUUCAAUUUGUCCGGAAUGAAGGAUGCUCUGGAUGUGCCCGACGGCUCGUCUGCGUCUCCGUGCAUGUCGGGGCCUUUGGAUAUGUACGAGAGAAUCCGGACUCGCAGGAGGGGUGAGAGAGCUAUGACAAUAAUUGUGGCACAUCCGGAGGCCUGUGAGGAUGUGCAUUUGGGCGAAUCAGAGGCAGAUCUGAAGGGUGGCCCCAGGCGCAAGUUAGCCAUGCGCCGCAGGCACACUGUGCCCAGCAAGGAAGUGUCCGAUGAAAAGGUGUCAUUGUCGGAACCUUCAGAAAUUCUGAGCACGGAAGCCACCGACCCUCUCCUGAAACAGCUCCCCAAGGCAUCAAGCAACACGGACAGCAUCGAACGCUCAGAAAACGCACACGGCUGGAAACAACGUGACCGAAGGGUGUCCAUGUACAACCAGAUGGCACAUUCGGUGAAACUCUACCAGGAGUACAACAUGAUAGCCCAGAGGAGGGACUGCAUGAAGCAAAUCCGAAUCUCCGUGGCCGUGGAGGGCUUCAAUUUGGAGGAGCACGCCAAGGCGGGGGUCACGGGAGAGAGACCGAGCAGUGGACGAGGAGACAUGGGCGGCAGCGGUGAAGAGGAAAGUAGCGGCAAGGCUGCCGUCGGCUGGAUGCCCGAGCGAUUGGACACGGAGGCUCCCUCGGAAGAGCCGUCACCCGACCCUGCACGCACCUACAGCCCGUUCUUCUCGCUGUGGCAGGAGUUGCCGGAAGUCCAGAGCAGCGGGGUGCUCGCCGCCAUCUCGGCGGCGGAGUGCAGCAGGCAGGAGGCAAUGUUCGAACUCGUGACGUCGGAAGCAUCCUACCUGCGGAGCCUGGAGGUUGCCCUCCACCACUUCCAAGACUCGUGCGAGCUGCAGAAAGUCGCGAGCCAGGCAGACAAGCACGCACUCUUCUCCAACCUGGCGGACGUGGCCUCGGCCAGCGAGAGGUUUUUGCACGAUCUGGAAACGCGAGUGGCAGAAAACAUACUCGUGCCGGACAUCUGCGACAUUGUGAGCGAGCACACGAAGAAAAACUUCCACGUUUACAUCCCCUACGUGACGAACCAGAGCUACCAGGAACAGACACUGCAGAAGCUACGGCGGACGAACGCCAAGUUCUCUCCAUUGCUGGAGCAUCUGCAGGAGGACCCCAUCUGCAACCGCCUCUCGCUCCAGUCAUUCCUCAUCCUGCCCUUUCAGCGCAUCGUGCGAAUCAAGAUACUUCUCGAGAAUAUCCUCAAGAAAACGGAACCACAUUCCCGAUAUGAAGAAACUGCUUCUGUGGCACUGAAAGCACUGGCAAGGUUGAUACAAGAGUGCAAUGAAAAUGCUCGGAAAAUGAAGAGGACGGAGGAGUUAAUCCACCUGCACAAUACCAUCGAGUUUGACAAAAUGAAGUCGCUGGCGCUCAUCUCCCCCACGCGCUGGCUGGUGAAGCACGGGGAGCUUUUGGAGCUGGCCGUGUCGCGCACGACGGGAAGCACGCUCAUGAACAGGCUCAUGACCAAGCGCAUCUAUCUGCACCUGUUCAACGACAUCCUCAUCCUGUCCCGGCGCAAGGACAGCGGAGGGAAGUUCACCGUGUUCUGCCAUGCAGACCGUACGAAGGUGGAGUUACAGUCCCUGGGUGCGGCCGAGAAUAACGUGGCCACGGACAACUCCUUCUACCUCCUCCUGGAUGACCACGACAGCCGGAAGUACCGCCUCCUCCUGCGCGCUGCCUCGCAGAGCGAGAAGGAGCGCUGGGUCGAGGCCAUCGCGCCACCGCAGCGCAAGGACGAGGCGGCCCUGGUCUACGAGGGGGAAGACUGCCCGCAGGUCUACUGUCUGAAAGCCUACGUCGCCCAGGAGCCCGACGAACUGAGCCUGGACAAGGGCGACAUCCUCAGCAUCACAAGGAAAACCUCCGAUGGUUGGAUGGAGGGAGUACGGCUCUCGGACGCGGAGAAGGGCGGCUGGUUCCCCACGGCGAAUGUGGCAGAGAUCACCAACGUACACGUCCGUACGCGCAACAUCCGCGACCGCCACCGCCUCCAGCUCGCCACGCAGAACCUGCAGCGCAAGCAUUCGUGAUGGCACGGAAACCUCCCAGCGCCAGCCAGUCGUCAUCGUCAUCGUCGUUAUUGCGAGAAUUCGGCCGUUCUCCACCCCAUGAGCCGACACGGGCCACGGCAUUGAUACCAUGCAGGAGAAAUGAAGACAUUUUAAUGUGUGCAGGGAAUGUCAGCGCCAAGUUGCGGUGAUAAAGUAGACUUAAUAUGCGACGUGAAACAAAUGUCUUGCAGUACUAACUCGGCACUGGCUCGAGGAGUGGACGUGUUCCCUCUGUAUUGUGGGAAUUAGUAACCCGAGUCAUGUUUUGGGGGACUGGCAGGUGGAAAGGGAGGACACGGGCACCAUUUGCUUGGGGCCGCCAUAAUAAAAUGGCUAAGAACCAAUGACUUCAUAUUGAUAGCCUCCUAUGGAGUACAUCUCAAGGCACUCUGUGGUCGUCUAGCCAAGGAGGACCCCUGGUGGCAGCUGUCUCUACAGCACAAGGUGAAUGCGGCAUUGGAAAGCAAGUGGGCAUUACUCUGCCAGUUGCUACAAUGAAGUAAUUUGCAUGGCAUUUAUCAAAUUUGCCAAAUUUCAACCAUAUGCCAGAACAAUGGCCUGCACUUUUAAAGUGAGUUCAGUACAGCAGUAGCACCUACAUUCCCAGAAUGCGGUGGAAGGCUGGGAUGCAAGAAGACUGAAUGAAGGACCCACCAUGUUGUCCAGGGCUUAACUUCAGCAAGGGCUGUCUAGGUUGAUGACCCACAAAAUAUUUCCACAUCAGGCACAUAAAGUAUACCACUCACUGUGGUUACUCGUCAUGUGGAAACUGCUCCAGUCUGCUAGUUAAUUGGAAGACAUUCAGUUGCAAUGGGGCCCUGGUGUUUCCCAAGACCAGGUUUAAAAUCCAUGGUGUACACAUGUGAGGCCAGACUUGUGUCCUGGUUUCAGUAGGACCGGCAUUGACCCAUGAAAUGAGGACAUACAACGGGACUUGUGGCUUCAUCUGAGCCAGUCAGAGAUAAUGGAUGGAUUUUGUGUGACUGCCCCUGUGGAUUUUAGUGGAUCACACGUAGUGACCACAGGCAGGCAGAAUGACUGGUUUGAAAGUGUUUUACGUUUUGGUUAAUUUUUGUUACAUAUAAAAUGACUGUAAAUAUGAUAUCCUUGAGAAGUACGCUAAAGUAAGUGGGUUACUUUAUAAAAUCCCUGCCAGGAUGUACGUUCACAUUGCUUGGUAAUUGCCAAUUUUUCAACAUCUGUCACGUGACAAACAAUCUUACAGCACAGUUCAUGGGAAAGUGCACCCUCUAGUGGUUAUGGAUUUUUAUUAAAAAAAAAGCCACUUGAAUGUUUCAUUUGCCUUACAAGAUGUCUCCAACACGAAGGGUUGCACUGCUCUGCUAAGUAUUCUGAAUGGAUUAUUCAUCUCAGCAUGAUGCCAAUAGGACAAUUGUAAAAAAGUUGGAUUAGAUUUACCAGCAUUUUUUAAAAGGCAUGGAAUAUUCUCUAAGGGACACACAUUUUACGUUUAAUUUAAGCACUUGAAAAACAUAGUAGGACUUGUAUCUGUUGGAUCAGCUUUUUUAUUUAAAAAAGUUCCAAUUAUGAAUGUAUGGAUGUUAUUUUUAUAUUUCUAUUAACAGUUGUCCUAUUGUGAUUUUACAGAACAGUAAUGUAAUAAUCCGCUAAUUUAUACGCUGUAAAGCAGGUGUUGGUCUAAUCUAAUACCUCUACAAUUAGAUCUGUCCAAUUUGUAGAGAGAAUUUGUUUCUGUUCCAAGUUGCCUUGUCUGUUCAUCUCUCCCAUAUAUGCGGCACACUUAGCUCACAUGUUUGGACGGCCUGGCAGCAGCCUCGGGCAAUACUGUUAGGUACCCAGAAGCUAGUGGUUUGGAGGAGAGACCAGCACCGCUCAUCAAAUUACAGAAGAAAGUGCGAGCCCUAUCAAAGGCUGCUUUGUCAGAAGAUGAGGUGUCCCCAGCCUAUGGGGCUUUACAAGAUGUGCAGUACCACCCAAAUUAGUCGCUCAAAGUAGCAUAGCACGGCACCAUCUAAGCACAGGUUAAGGACGGCGAUCCCACCCUGAGCAUAGCAAACAAAAAAACUACGAAACUUUUUUUUAUUUUACCAGGUAAGGCCCACUCAGCUGCAUAGCUCUCAGUGGAACUUACCUGGCCUUUCAGAAGCCACCUGGCCACAAAUGAUGGCCCAAUGGAGAAGUGGCUUGUCACGUGGACAUUUAUAGCAGCCAGAUACUCUUAAACGCAUGUUUCUAAAUGCGGAGGGGAAAACCCGAAGGACCCGGAGAAAAAUCCACGCGACCACGGGGAGAAUAUGCAAACUCCAAACAUACAGGCCUGUGUAGGUUCUUCAAGCCUCGAGUGCUAAAUCCCACAAAGAUGAAUAAUGAUUGGAGGAAAACCUUGCGCUACGCAAGAUGUGAGUUUAAGUAAACGUAAAACCAAUUCGGAUUGUAGCAAAGGAAGGAGAUGCAAGGAGAAAGUGUGAAGAUAAGAUGCGUAUGGAGGGCAUGCUGAUGUCUGAGGCAUAGAAACGUUUCUAGAAAGAAUUGUCUGGAAACAUCCGAAAACACAAUUAAAAUAUAAAGAUCGUAAAUCAUUGAUUCUUGAAGUGUUUUAUUUCAAUAUAUGCAUUAUGAUUGUAAGGAUGAAUCUUAAUCGAUGCAUUCAACUUCAUGUUAUUCCCUUGGCAGCCGAGGUACCAAACAUUAAUUGUAUUUAGUGUACAGUGGUUUUUAAAAGUUACAUGUAAUUGAUUUUUAAUUACAGAUGACUGAACAAAACUCUGUUUGAUGCUGCAUUGCUAAAGAGGUAGUAACUGGGUGACACGGAGCUCUGAGCCGACCUUUAAUCUGAAAUUCCACCGAUGUGGUGGAGUUGUUCCCAGUCUGGUCUCCAUCGACUCGAGUGACAUUUAUCUUGUCUGUCUAGCUAUUAUCCGAUAUUCCUAUGGUAAAGAGGAAUGACUUGGAAGUGGUGGCAAAUUCAUAAUUGCAUCAAUUUUUAUCCACUCGGAUAAAAGGAGUAAUUCACUUAUGAACGUGGAUAAUAGGAUGAACCCCGAAAUGCAUUAUUUCGUGAGUGCCAAAGAUCUCACAAACUAUCUUUCUUCAAAAUGAUUUGGAACUCAUCUUUAAUUGUUUGCAUGGUUUGGGGACAGAAUAAAAACGGAGUUGCUGGUUGCGAGUGUGUAUGUAUACGUCAUCUUCUUUAAGUAAAAUUGAGAUAAUUUGAGGGAUGUUCAAGAACGAACUUGAUAACCCACACAUGUUUUGUAGAUAAAUCUCACUGGCUUUGUUGGAACACUUGUGACCUGCUUUUAAUAUUUUUUCGUUUCAUGAUCUCCCUACAAAUGGCCGUACAAUAAACUUAACACUCCCCUUUUUAAGCCACCUAAUUCAUAUACUCUCAACAAAAGCUUGCUGCUUUUUGGACAAAGUGGAAUGUGUGGGUUAUAAAGUGUUUUGUUUUAUUUUCCCCAGCAUUCUAAGAAUAGAAAAAAAUCUGCAUCUGCCAAGAGCUGUCUUAAUAUCUGAAUGUCUCACGUUGUGCAUUACACUGGUUAUUUUAUUUCUGAAUACGGUUUUUAAUGUUGUGUUUUCCAUCGUGAUAGAACUGUAAUUGUACAAAAGACCUAAUGUGUACGCCUAGCUAGCUCUUAAUGUCGACUUGUUUUUAAUAAAGGAUAUUCAAAAAGA